AUGUCGCUGCCCUUGGCGACGUCGAGGGAGCUCCAGAAGCUCGCAGCACUCGAAGCAAAGGGUGGGAUCCUUGAACGACAGUACGAGGUGAUCAAGAUACACGUUAGGCAGGGCAACUCCCUCUCGAGCGAAGACUGGGAGGCCUUCGAUUUGGCGUGGGAACUGAGGAGCAGCGGCGUGUUUUCGCAAGAAGAGUGGACCACGCAGGUUGAUGGAGACAUCUCGGGCAUCAUCAACAACAGCGAUCGCCCUACACUCGGCGUGUUUUCGCAAGAAGAGUGGACCACGCAGCGGUCAACAGCAGCAGCAGCAGCAGCUCCGGCGGCGCGCGGGGCCCCGAAUCGAGGAAAGAGACAACGAGAGGACGCCAGCAAAGGCUCGCUGAACAUCUACAACUCGUUCCCUAUUGGCAGCGGGGAACCGAGAAUUUUUUGUCACAUACCAGGAGUAUGUGACCGGGGUCAGUUUUGCAUUCCCGGCCCGGCCCCCCGUGUGCGAUGCCCCCACUGUCCGACGACCUUUUUGAACACAGAAGGCCUGGGAGUCCACAUGAAAACCAACCACAGCACGGCAAACAUGUUGCAAGGCCAGCGACUGCAGCGGAUGCUGGCAGACUAUGCGAAAGGGGAUGUCCUGCCGUGGGAGCGCGCCGGACCUGGGCGCUGGUAUCACGUGAAGAUAGAUCGAUGGCAUCACGGGGGCAGCUUCGUUCGUCCUCCAGCCGAAGCGUCUCCCCGACAUCGACCUGGAAUCUGAUGGCUUCACGCGUGCUGAACCUAAGUCCGCUCGUCGUGGCGCUGCCAAGCGCAAUCGCUACAGGUUCACAGCCCACGUGCUCCAGCAG